AUGGAAGGCCUCAACAUGAGCUUAGAAUGCAGUCCGGAGAGUCGAUCGAACGGAACUUGCUACGGUCUGGCGGUCUGUGGUUUCUGUUACGAUUUCGCAGAAACGCGUCAAGUUUCGAAAGAGUAUGAGCAGUUCAACUUGGUACGUGAGGGAUUUCCGCACAUUAGUAUGAUCGAUGCGCAUGAUCAUUAGACCUUGAGAUGACCUUCUGCAGUCUGAAGAUGCCCAACUUGCACAUGCUCUUUUGUCGUGUCAUCACGUGCCCGUGCCCGUGCCCAAAAUUGUUAUUCAGCUCACGUUAAAGUAUGAGCGGUCCGCGCAGUUCCUUUUUGAUGAUUUUUUCGCAUAGAAGCUUGGAGAAGUUCACAAACGACAACCACCGACUUUAACGAGUUUUAGCCAAACCGACUUCCAGUUUUGACGGAACACACGCACCGCUUAGACUAAUGAGUUUUGGUUGUGUUUUGAACAGAUCAGCAAAACGAAUUUCGGGAAAUUGAUGGGGCAUAACAGACAAUGUAUGAAAGAUCUCGUGCUCGAAAAUACAGUGAGUCUGUGUUGAAAUGAAAUUAGAACUUCCACGUGUCAGUAGAUAUUUUCCACGUCAACACCUCAACACCACAUUUUUUCGGAAAGAGGUGCUGGCUGAAACUCCCUUUUUUCCAGAAAGCGGCUGUUUUUGAGUUUGACAUUGUCAAAAACAAGAGACAUGGAAAGGAAGAGCUUUUUGUCUCAUUGGCCUUUUGCCUUUUCUUUCACUUCAACGCAACACGACACUUUAAAUUUACAAAUUUUCUCCUUGAAUGAACGAUGAGAUUAUCAUGCACACAGGAGGUUGAAUGAAACAGCCUCCUUCUCAUAUCUUUCUCGAUUAGGAGUCUUUUCGUCCUUAGUCUUUCUCUUCUUUCAAAGGAGCGCACACACACAUUUCCGAAGACUGAUUAGUUCAACUCAUUUUCUAAUGACGACUAAAAAGAGGUGCUUGCUGUCUUCUAAGACGCUUGACACGCGCGCGCAACCUCUUGGUCCAUGAUGUCCCUGGGGAGCAUGAAAAAACGAGUGUUCGGAAGGGUAAAAGAAGGGAAAAGCGGAGAAAAGUGAUUAGAAUGAAGUGAUCGUACCACUAACCCUCAUUUCUUUGCAGGUUGUCAUCGGGUUAAUGCUUCCCUUCAUCGGAUGUCUUGGACUGAUUGGCAAUGCUCUUUCGGCGUUCACGUACUCGCGCAGAGAAAUGAUUUCGAGUCUGAAUGUGUGAGUGAUCGAAGGGACUGCCCUUUCUGGAAAUGGAAUGCGAAUGAAACGGAAAUUGAAAUUCGGUGGUUCCUUGUUUCUUUUCGCUCUUCACCUCCUAAAUUGCCGCGGGCGAGCGUUUGUGUCACGGAGACACCACUAAAAUCUGGUGUCACGUAUCAAAUGUUUGCCGAGCAAAGCGCACCAUAGGAAAACUCCAACACAGGGGCCUUCUCUUAAAACAUCUUGAUUUUUGUUCUUUGGCAGGCAAGACAGGAAGGGGAAAGAGAAACACAAGAUUCUUUUUUUACAUGGGGACCCAUUUCAUGAGCGGAUCGGGGCAAAUAUUUGCUCGGUCAAAGUGUUGAAGAUAAAACAAUUCGUGUUUUGUUUUUGCAUGUCUUGAAUAUGGCAACAUGAAAUGUGCAUAAUGUGAUCGGAUUGUUUCAGGUACUUGUUCGCUCUGGCAUGUUCGGAUAUCGUUAUCAUUCUCACCGCAUUCUUCCUGUUUUUCUUGGAGAACAUGAGAAAAAGGUCGGAGUGGGCGACGUACUACUUUGCCGUGCUUUCACCGGUCAUGUUCCCGUUGGGUCUCACAGCGCAGACAAUGUCUGUGUUCAUCACGGUCGCCUCAGCUUUCGAUUGUCUGGUCCUUGUCGCCGCCGGAGAGAAGUUCAAGAACAAAUUUUGCUCAGUAAAUACUUCCAUUCUUGUAAGCAUCACUAAAAUAACAUUACACUAUAUUCAAUGUUCCAGAUAAUCAUCAAAAUUUUCCUAUUAGGAACCUUCUACAAUUCUCCCCACAUGUAUGAGAUAUACGUCGUCGACUGCUGGAGCACCAUGUACAAUACCGCUUCAAAAGACGUCUGCCCAACGGCUCUUAGAGCUAAUCAGGUGAGGGAGGAUCCAGUAAAAAUAAGUGACGUGGCUCUUUUAACACAAACAUCACUAACGAUGAUGAUGAGCAAUGAGAGUUAGCGUUGGACCCUUUUCUAGUAAUUACUGGGAACAAUCCUCUAUGUGUAUAAACAGACAAAACGCAUGCGAGCCAAAAUAAUCUAUAUUGGAUUACUUGGGCACCGCCAACGUCGAAAAACGGGAGGGGAUCACACACAAACACACAUCAUCAUCUUCCUGUUUCCGAAAGAGUCUCGUAUUGUCCUUUUCAGGAUUAUGUCCGAAUCUAUUACGUCUACAUGUAUACAAUCGUGAUGGCCGUCGGACCAGUCCUUCUGCUCAUCAUCAUCAACUCGGCCAUAGUGGUCAGCAUGCGGAGGUCUUCGUCGCCGAACAGCGAAUCGGACAUUAUCACUUUAGUUUUGGUGGUCUGCCUGUUCAUUUCGUGCAACAUUCUGGUAGGUGGAAGGUGUAAAUGAAAAGUCUACGCUAGAAAACCCAUAUGAUCUUUUUCUGAUCUUUCGGUACGGCUGACUGUUGACACGUUUGUAAAACAAGUCAAUACUCUUGUUUGACACGAACUGAUCUCCGAAACUUUCAGCCACUAACUGUGAACUUUCUGGAACUGCUCUUCGGAAUCAUCAACAGCUACCUCAUUGAUCUCUCCAACCUCAUGGUCGUCGUCAAUUCGUCAUGCAACUUUUUGAUCUAUUACACUUUUGGGUCAAACUUCCGGCGCACUCUCCGUCAUUAUGUGCGUACCGCUCUCAACCGCCGAGCCCCACAACAGAACGGCAAUAACCGUACACCCCAGAGAGUGAAAUUGUGUCUACCACCUACUGAAGUCUUGAUUUGAGUGAUUUUCGGAAAACUACAACAAAUCGCAUCUAUAUUGUCUAGUUUUGACUGAAUUUGAUCUCAGAUUUCAUUUCCAAACUUUGUCCGUUUCGCCGUGAUUUCAGUGCUUUGUACAUAAAAUCCCACCCCAAUAAAUCUCCAACCCACACCCCGUGCUAUGAAUUCCAAUCUAGAAUAUGCUUUAUCUCUUUCUACAUUCUUUUCUCACAUUUCUUCUUCUUUUCAUAAAGUUGGUUCGAUCAAAUCGCUGAAACGAUACCUUACCAUUGUUGUGCAAAUAUUUUCCACAUAAAAAAGUUCCUUUUCACUUGGGCUCUGAAGAAAUUGCGAUGAAAGUUAGAAAGAGAGAAGAGAUGGCAAAGGUUAAAAGUAGAAAUCAAACAAAACGGCCGAGCGUGGCGAGAAAAGUCAUCGGCGGCCCUGGCUAGAGAUAGAAAGAAUCAGGUAGUCGGCGAUUUUACUGUCUCCCUCCGGUCUGACUACAUUUUGAAUCUGCAACUGUGCCGAAGAACAUGCGUUCAGUUAGCGUGAACAAUUUCACGACUGUUGUCCUCUUUGUUUUACUCAUCCAAUACCGGUUCUCGGCAAUUGUGAAUAAGGUGAGUCAUUGUUAAGGUAAACUACGUUCGCGCACAACUUUAUCCCUCAAGAUUCUUUGAAAUGCCAAAUUGCUUGUGAACUAAAGUCUUUCGUGAAAUAAUAAUUGCACUUUGCCUAAAAUUCUUCAAAAGACAUUGACUUUUUGGUUUCUGCGCCACAAAAAACACUGUGCUCGCACUUGCACUUCUCAGUGUUGACAUUGGUGUGUCUCAAGAUAACUUUAGUUUCAACUCUAGUUUAGCGAAGAUGCCAAACGGAAACCAAGUGUCAUGUUUCAGUGUUGUCGACAACGGAAUGGAGACCAACCGUGUAUUUCCUAUGACAGUUCGGUGAUGGCCGAGACUUUGGACGAAGCAAUGUUCACUUUUCCGAAUCUGGCUUCUCCAGAUCAAGCCACUCUUUUCAAGUCGCCUGUGGCAAGCGCUGAAACGGCGGAAGCGGCUGGGGAUCAGAACAGACGCGUGCAUACUGGAGACAGUGAAGAAGAAAACUCUGUGAUGCCUUCUUCAGUUAGUAUUUAAAUCUAUUUCUCAGCCGAAUCCUGCUACUUUCAGGCUGUUGGUUCAUCGGUGAUGACUACAAAAGUGUCGAUUGCCGCUUUCGGCGCGGGAACUCCACUGGCAAGUUUAGAACUUGUUCUUUUUCUGUCGACGCCACCGAUUAGUAUUCAGGACAUGGCUGCAAACGGAGAAUGCCCUACACAAGCGUGUAUGAGUUGUAAAAUGGCUCUACUCAAUGGUUUCCUCUCAAACCCCAACUUGGGGUCAUCUGAUAAUGCCACUAUGACCGCUCAAAGAAACGAUUUGGCUUUGAAACUUGGUUAGAGCAAGUAGAAUGAAAAAUUGGGACAGAGAAAGAGUUUAGGAACUUAUCAAGGGUCAUGUGAUCAGCAAACGAGGAAAAAACGGUUCAACGAAAGUAGCUUCAAGAAAAUCAAACUCAACGUCAAGAAGGUAAUCAUUCAGUCCUUGAAAGGCCGGCUCAGGCUUCUCAUAGUCCUGCCGAGAUCUCAAUUUUUGAAACACUUACAAAAUUCCAAUCGGACCCAAACUUUGCAGGCUUUUUGGACUUGGAUUGGAGUAUGUUUGGUCCAAGUUUCAGACCGAUCGAAUCGGUUUAUCUGGCACCGAGAUAUACUGGUCUGAUUCUGAAAAGGCCGGGUUUUGCAAGUAUUGCGACCUUUCCGGACUCCGAUCCACAUAUCUCGGGACCAGAUGAUCGCGGUCUAAAACCGGGAGUCAAUAUACUUAUAUCCAAGUUCAAGACGUCUGCAGAGUCGUAUUAUUGCAAUUGAUCAAAAAAUUCAGGCCUCGACAGGUCGUUUUCCCAGUUUUUGGUAUAAUGAAAACACACACUUUUUAGCGUCUCGCCAAACGAUUCGUUCUCAUGAACACAACACCUGAUCCGGCAUAUGAUGAUGACGUUGACUCGAACACAGUCGACCAGAAUACCUCAACUGACAAUUCCACAACGGAUUCAACGGAUUCAACCGCCAAACAGAGCAAACCAAGUAAGUACUCUAAUGACUUUACAAUCUCUGUCAGCUCUCAGUUUUUCUUUUUCAGUUCUCGGAGUAGUCACAAGUCUCGGCUGCCAGUAUCGUCGUGGUGAAGCCCUCGAAUCCGACUCCGAGUGGUGCGGCCUCUGCAAUCUGUGCUGGCAAUGGCGGAAGUUACCUUCAGACUACUACCCCAACUAUUUGAAUGAGGUCAAUUGCGACCAGAACGACGAUGGAUGCCUCUCAGGUAUUCGACAUUUGGGCUCCAUCCAUCACUCGGACGCGCCCAUCCAUUCCUCACGUUUUUUAUUCCAGGAUUCGGCGAGUGCAAACCAAUAACGAGGGCAAUCAAUGUGAUGCGAAAAAUUGGCGACGAUUGGGUGAAGGGGUCGGUGGAAACGACCACAGCUUGCGAGUGCCAGGUUGCAAUUGGAUCGUCUUUGCACGGAUUGGUGGUCAAAUGA